GGUCAAACAGCACAUGCACUUUUCCGAGAAACCGCAGUGGCCUAGUCCUCGUUUUGUUUACGAUAAUAAACAUAAACAACAUGGAGCACGAAAGCAUUCUCAAAAAGCUACGGGCAUCUUAUUCACAUUUAGGCUUGGAAGUUUACCCGUUUAAGAUAGGCUGGUACAAUCCAGAAGUAGAUCCAGCUUUUCGAUUUGAUCUUAAUGACGAUACAUUUGCCGUUUUGAUUGCCAGCACACCUGACAUGUUUGAGAAAUUGUUUUUACCAUUUAUCAGCGUUGAACAUCCUGAUGGCUUUAUGGAUUUGCUUGACAGAUGCAUGAAGACAUACUUUGCUAAAGUCCAUGAGAUGUUUCCUGAAGAUGAAGUAGAAAUAAUUCAUGACUUUGAAAUGACGCCUUCAAGACGCCCCAAAAUUCUGGUCCAGCCUGCUUCACAUGUUUCUGGUGCUGCCUACUACUACACAACAAAGUCUCUUGACCCAAAUCCUUUUGAUAAGAAAAUGUAUGGUGUUUGCAUUCAUCCAAAAUUUGGAGGCUGGUUUGCUCUGCGCGGAGUUUUUAUCUUCAAAAAUAUUUUGUGCCCCAACCUUCCUCGAGUUGAACCUGUGGACUGUGUUCCAGAUCAGGAAAGUAAGGUUAAGCUUUUGAAGUUGUUCAAUGAGCAGUGGAAGGAUUGGACUUACAGAGAUAUCAUUCCAGUUGAGAAAAAAUAUUCAGAGGACCAGAAGGAAUAUUUUGGCACAGAACCUAAAGAUCGUAAGCCACUGAUUACAAAGUUGAGAGAGAAUUAUUUGAGAGAAAUUCAAAACAAUCCCAACUCAUCAUCACUGGCAGACGGAGACACUGCUGAAAAUGGUGAUGCAAACAAAAUUGCCUGUGAAUCUUAAGGUUUUUUUUUUUUUGAUGAAUUGGUUUUUAUUAAAAAUAAAAACUUUGACUGAUGUCGAAACUUUGUUUUGUUGGUGGUUGGUUACCAUUUCAUUAAUUUUUGCAAACUGAUGACUACCGCAUUAAUUUCUUGCAAACAAAUUACUAUCACAUAAAUUUCUUGCCAACUAAUGACUGCUACAUUAUUAUUUUUUUGCAAAGAAAUCACUACCACAUUAAUUUUUGCAAACAACUUCCAGAUACAUUUUUUGCAAACAUGUUGCGAAUUAUUUGUUGGUUGGGUUUUUUGGGGACACUUUUUUUCUUGAUAUUUAUUUAAUGACUUUAUGUUUACAAUUAUUUUUACAUAAAUCAAAUUACACUUUUAUAAAUAAUAAGUUUUAUAUUUUUAUAAAUUGUUACUCAAAAAAUGAUUCAAAUUUGUAAAAGGAACUCCUAAGUUACUGAUACAUAUCUUUACAAUUUGCUUACAUAUAUUAUUUUUAUCAACUUAUAAGUUGAUUAAGAUCUGUAAAAUGGAGCACCAAAUCUUGUAUUACAGAAAUAAAAAUAAUUAUUGUGUAUUGACGUACUCUCACUUUGAGUUAUUGUUACAGUACUUUGUGAUAACUUCAUGCAUAAUUUUUUAAAGUGAUAUUAAUUGCAGCUGAACUGGGUUUUUGUUUUUGUAAAUCAUUAUUAUUGUUAAGCUGGGAUGCUUCAUUGCAAUAUUGUUAUGUAAUAUAUUAGUUCAUUUUAUGAUUUUUUUUUAAUGUUAAAUAUCUUAAGGGGAUU